UAGGCACUCUGGCUCGAGCCACUCGAGUUCAAGCCAGCAGUCGUCGCGUUUCUGCCAAUUGCACGGUCGCACUUCCCUACACUUCACUUUCCCAGCAUGUAUCGCCUAGCGUGGAUUGCUGGAAUCGUCGCAGGCGUCGACGGUCUGCAAACCAGUGACGCUCCAGUCGCGCUUCACGGAAGCCGUGUGAUGACCGACAGCGUUUCCGCUCUUGACCCUGAGUUGACAAACAUCGCAGGGGAGAAGUUCCACGUCACCACGCCUGGAGAUUUCGUCAUGAUCGGAUUGCCGUCGUCUUGCAACCCAGAAGUUCCAGAUGCGUGCGAUUUGAUCUUCAAGGCAAGUUUUGACAAGCUGGAGAACGACAGCGAUUGCAACGACCUGAUGAUUCGCAAUCUGUCGAUUCAGGGUACAAAGCUCGCUAGCGGGGCAUCUGGCGUUACGAAAGUUGAUUUUUCUAUCCUCAGCGAUGUCGGCAACUCCUCAGACGCUCUCGGGUUCCAAAUCAACGACGAGUACAAGACCCCAGAGGAAUUUUCAAGUCAGCUGGCCUAUUGUACCGUCUCGCAGCAAAGGGGUUAUUUUCAGUGGCCUACCAAGAGGACUUAUCGCUUCCGCACAACGACCUACAAUGUAGAAUGCGGCUUGGACUUCGGGAACCAGGAGUUGAAGUUGCACUUCAGCACCGUCUGGCGGGGAACCUUGCUAGACACCGGCUUGCCCGUUUACGCGAACGACAUGUCGUUCAGUAUCUCGAACGUGGGAACGGACGCGAUUGGCCUCCUCGGCACGGACGACAAUUCGGCGGUGACGGCAGCAGUUGCGGGCUGCAACAAGAAACAGCCUGUGAGUGGGCCCUACCAGGUGAGGCACGGACCGAAGUUCCCGAAGCGCCACCACUGGCGCUGAGCGAUUGGGUAAUUCAGGCUUUUCGCCUGCUCCAGAAGGCGCACGGGCUCAGGUGGCGUGGCGAGCUUGUGCUGCGGAGUCGGACGGCCUCAUCCCUCACGGUCUUCCAGCUCCCUGCUUCUGCGCCUGCUCCUGUGGUUCCUCGUGCUGCUUCUCCUCCUCUCACUUCUCUUCCUCCCUUCCCCCUUCUCUCCGGGUAUCCUCGUCCUCCUUCCCCUCCUUCCUUCUCCUUGGAAGCAUUCUUCACAUGUAUCGC